AUGUCCCGUCUUCGCGACCCAGCGGAUUAUGUAUCGAAAGCAAAACAUAGAUGGGCCGGUCACAUCAUGAGAAGAAUCGACGAUAGAUGGACUAAAAGAACGUUAGAGUGGAUCCCAAGAGAUGCUAAACGUCCUCGAGGGAGACCGCCAACGAGAUGGGGUGACGUGUUUGCUACACGGAUGGACCAGCUGAGAGCUCAGCUGGAUACGGCUCAAGGACCUCGUCAGCGUCACUUACGAAACUUGAGAACAUCUUGGAUGACAAUGGCGAGGGAACGAAACGAGUGGAAGAGAUGCUGGGGCCCGCACCCACGUUGCCGACUGAAUCUUAAGAAACUCAUCCAAGAUAACUUCCUAGAUUCCAGAGGUAACGCCAUGAAGAAACUUGCUGUUCUACUUGUUGUCGCCCUUCUUGCUGUAGCCUUCGCACGGCCCAAAAAGGACAGCUCUGAUUCCAGUGAAGACGACAAAGAACGAAAAGACAAACAUAAGGACAAAAAGAAGCACGGAGGCAAACACAAACACCACAAGAGUUCGUCGAGCUCGGAAAGCAACUCGAGUGAAGAAGAAGAAAGUACCACUCAAUUGUCAACGACUGAAGAGAAUCAGACAACUGCUGAAGCAAACUCGACUCAAGAUGUGCAGGAAACGAGCAGAACAACUACCGCCUCGUCUGAUAGAGCAACUGAUGCAACAGAGGCAGCUACUGUUCCUGUUUCUCCUGCUGAAUAA